CUUCGCGGGCGCCCCCUCCGCUGGCCUCGUUCGCCGCCGCUCGCCCCUCUCAGGGCCUUCACGAGGAGGGUGGGGGUGUCUCGGAAGCCGCCGCCACUCGCCGCCCGCUUGGUUAUAGUAUGUCCAGCCGUGCCGCGCACCAGGAAGCGGCGGCGGGGACCGCGGGAGCCGCGCAGCAGGAGCGGGGCCUGGCGGGCGCCUUCCCCUUGGUGCUGAAGAAGCUGAUGGAAAACCCGCCGCGGGACACGCGCCUCGAUAAAGAAAAGAAGGAAAAACUUGAGGAAGAUGAAGCGGCAGCUGCUAGUACAAUGGCAGUCUCUGCCUCCCUCAUGCCUCCCAUCUGGGACAAAACAAUUCCUUAUGAUGGGGAGUCUUUCCACCUGGAGUACAUGGAUCUGGAUGAGUUCCUGUUGGAGAAUGGAAUCCCUUCCAGUCCUACUCACCUGGAUCUGAACCAGAACCCACUGCUGCCUGUGGCUGAGCUGGAAGGAAAAGAACCUGCCAGUGUUUCUGCUGCUACCACCCCACUCUCGUCAUCUUCCACAGUGGUUUUCCAGCCAUCAGAAACUACCACAAGUGCAGAAUCCUCACCAGAUAACGAGAGACUGACUCCCAGCCCUGUUGAUCCAGAGUGUGUUGAGGUUGAUGUGAAUUUCAACCCUGACCCUGCUGAUUUAGUGCUGUCCAGUGUUCCAGGAGGUGAGCUCUUCAACCCUAGAAAGCAUAAGUUUGCUGAAGAGGACCUGAAACCACAGCCCAUGAUUAAAAAAGCCAAGAAAGUCUUUGUCCCGGAAGACCAAAAGGAUGAAAAAUAUUGGACUAGGCGGAAGAAGAAUAACGUGGCAGCCAAACGAUCUCGUGAUGCUCGUCGCCUGAAAGAGAACCAGAUCACAGUCCGAGCUGCCUUUCUGGAGAAGGAGAAUACAGCUCUGAGGACCGAGGUGGCAGAGCUGCGAAAGGAAAUGGGAAAAUGCAAGAACAUUGUCUCUAAAUAUGAGAGCAGAUAUGGACCCUUUGACUUAUCCGAUUCCGAGUGAUGCAACUUUAAAGACUCUUAAAAUCACAAAGAAACUAAAAACUACACAUGAAACCACCUGCCAUCAGAAUGAAUAGUGAAAGAUGUGAGGUGUUCCACAACUGAUGAUGACCCUGCUUGCCUGCAAGUACCUCCCUCUGAACUACCCAAGGGCUGAGCAUGAUGAAAAGACCAAGGUCUCUAAGGGUACAUUUCUGUUGUACUGCUAUUUUUCCUUGUACCCACAAUAUGCAGUACAGUUAUUAACUCUUUUCAAUGACACUUGGUGCUCGUGUCCUUGAGUUCAGUUUGACUAAUUAGUGGUGAUCCUUUAUUGGGAGGAAGGGGCAAGUAUUAAGGGAAUAUAACUAUAAUUAUUCAAGAUUUCCUUCUGUGUUUCCUUUUCAUAUCUGUUCUGUGCUUUAGAAUGGAUAUCAAUAUUGCAGCUAAAUUCUGUUAAUCUAUUGUAUCUUGUACUCUUGGAACAGAAACAGCAUAUGUGGAAAACAGAUUAAAAAGAAAUAUGUUUUGGUUCACUAUACAACCAACAUAUCAAUUAAAAUAGAAGUAAUGGAAAAUAACACGUACCCCAAGAUGCACUAUAUCUUAACAAAUGCUAGCAAGUUAGAUGCACCUUAUUUUCUCGGCUGAUUAAAGCUGACACUCACUUUCUGAAAUUAGCACUUUUUCUUAAGCUUGCUGACUCUGACAAUAGAAUGAUUGUGAUGGCAUGAUGAAUGCAUUUUCACAAUCUACUCCUUGUAAUAAUCCUAAGAGAUUUCUAUUUCCUUACUUCCAUAAACAUAGAUGUGUAAUGAAGAGGGAGCAGUAUAAUAAAAGGACAGGUUGCGAAAGUAGGGUGACUCAGUUAUUCACUCAGUUACUCAUUUUAUCUGCUGUUGCCUAUCUUCUAGAAGAUGCAAGUUCAACAUCUAGUUUACUUUUUCUUGCUGAACAAAUUGCCCCAAGUCCCUUAUCAAAAUUGGGGUGGCCUUCUGAUUGCCCCAACUGAAUAAUUGCGGAAUAAUUGCUGAUUUUCACUUCUACCUGGUCCUGUACAUGUUAGAAAUAAAAUAAGCAACGUUUAUGCUGUUUUCCCCUACCAUUUUCCCCUUAAAGAUUUCUGAAUUUCACUUGAGUGCCUGAACAUGGUAUGAUGAGCAUUGGACUCAUUAACCUGAAGCAUCAGACAUAGCACAGUUGGAAUAUCCCAUCAGAUACAUGCCUAUGUGGUAGCAGAACCUGUUGCUUAGACCCUAGGGACAGCAAAAUAGCUUGUGGAAAUAGGGCAUUUCAAUUCUGUAGAAGUUACACCCUGAGUAUGAGCUACAUGAAACUUGAAAUGUGUCAAGAAUAGAUAUAUUUCAAAACUGGAUAAAACCCACACCAAUUUGUCAUAGGACUAAUGGCUGGGUUAGCAGGCUUCCAUCAGUUGAUUAAUGGAAAGCAUAGCACAGAGGUUGCCAACUUUUUUAGGCUUGUGGGCACAUUUGGAAUUUUGGACAAGGGCACCAUCCCUUCUGGCCACUUCCCUCAGCCAGAUCAGCCUCCCCACAGAAAGAAGAUCACUUUUCCAAGUGAUCUUAUCCAGAAUAAUUAAUCUGGGCCUUGCAAAGGACAUGGAGCUAAAAGAGAAAGUGGGAAUAAGCAUCAUGCUUCCAAUUUCCUCAUUCAGCUCUAUGCAUUCCCCCCUCGCCAGCUCAUUCAAAGGGCAGAAAGUAAGAGGGGCUCAUUUGGCCUGUCGGAACCAUGGUAAGACCUCAGGGGCACUAUUGUGCCUACAGUUCAAUGCUGACAAUAUUUUUAUAACAUACUGUUUCAAAAUUCAUAAACAGAAAACAUGUGCAUGGACAAUGUGCAUGGAUGUUCCAUUUAUUCGAUUCUUAUUAAUUUGUGACUCCAUGCACGUAUGUUUUCUGUUUAUGAAUUUUGAAACAGUAUAAUGUUAUAAAAAUAUUGUCAGUACAUUAUUAGCCAACGUGUUGCUUGUUGUUGUUUAGAGUGUUCUGUUUGCAACACGGGAUUUUUUGGGUGUACAGUUCAAUGCUGGCAAUCCCUGCUUAGCACAAGAGGCUUCAAGAUUGCUGUUUCAGAUUCAGAAGUUGGACUUGACAGGAAAGUCCCAACACAACUAUGCUAGUAGAUUACAUUUUGCAAAACACUGAUUUUCUGCUGUUUUCAAAGCGUAAUCCCCACAAAAUUAAGAAAUUGCCUGUACUAUUUUAAUUGUUUGCAAUUAAUGCACCAGUGUGCAUAUUACGUAGUAAAAUUGACUGUGGGCUGUUUAUAGAAUCUCUCAAAAGUUGGAGAAGAUUGGUAUAACGAUUAAAUACAUACAGAAAGAAAAUAAUAUCAGAAUUGUAGUACUAAUCUAAAUGAUGUGCUGCAUCCCCUUAUAACUUGCAGUUGGAGCCAGAUUUCCAAUACCUGUGUGUGUUACAUUAGAAAGCUCUUCAUGAUAGCUGUUAAUAAUUUUAGUUCUCCAGCCAUUUUAUAGCACAAAACAACUGAAAUAGAAUAUGAAUUCCCACAUUUAAUGUGCUUCCAAGUCACUUGGAAGAUUUGCAUGUGUUGUACAACACGAUGCAAAGGUUAUGUGUGUAACUUUACGUGUACCUUUGUGUAGGAAGAUGAAGUAGUUGUAAUACUCUUCCCAGGAAAAACAAAUGAGACACAGUAAACAUCAUGUUACUUUACAACUUUGUUUCUUUAAAAUGUAUUAUUUCUUUGGUAUGGGAGGUAAAUAAUAUAUCAUUAGCAUAACCAGGUCUUCCACCUUCCUCUUCAUCUUGGUAACCAAUUUAUAGUGAUAACAGUAUAGAAUAAUGUUCUUAGUUUGCACUAAUGUUUAACAUUAAUUUGUCCAAAGAAAUAGUGCAGGAUGCCUGCUAUAAGUAUGCAAACUCUUCUACAUACUGCUAUUUAAUUAUAUAAUGGAAUGACCAGAGUGUGAUCUGUAGGAUUACAGACCUUGCUGGGAACAGUUUGAGGUGAACAGUAAUCUUUUUAUGGUUACCCAGUUACUAUCAACAUGCCACUGAAGAUCCAAGGGUUAACAACUUUUUUUUAAUAAAAAUUUAUUUUUAAUAAAUAUUGUGGACAAGAAAGAAAAUCUUCAAAAGCAAAUAAUCUAUAUAAUAGAGAAUUUUGUUAUGGUAAUCUUAAUGUACAUGAUCAUCCCCUUGAGAGAGAUUGAAAUAAAAUAUCCCCCUAACUGAAUUUCAUCCAUAGAUGAAAUUAAUUGAAUAAUAAUAAUAAUUUCUAAAUAAUAAUUUAGAAGCUGAUCUUCCUUUUCUUAAAGAUUUCAUUUCAUUGUACAGGCUUAGCAUAGGCAUUUAACUCUGUUUAUUGGUUUUUAAUCAUUCUUUAAUAGUCAUGUGAGAUUUCUACUUUGCAACUAGAGCAAUGAUUUAGGUUUAAGGGAUAAUUUGUGGUUCUUUGUGAUCAAUCUCUGUGCAGGUUUCAUGUGAAAUUUUGGUGGAGUUUUCCCUUAUUCAUUACUUUUGUAUCAUUCAUUCAAGAAGUAAUGGAGGCAUAUAUUUAGUGCUGUGGGUGCUGAAGCCUUUAUAAGUUUUUAUAUUAAACCUAUGAUAUUAAUCUUGGUUGCUGUUUUGUAUAAAUUCCCAAUGUCUUUGGAGGUGGGUUUUUUUUAAAAAAAAUAUUGAUUGGCACUUUCCCUUUCUGUGCUGUGUUGUGCUGUAUUGUGCCGAAUAACCAAGUAUUCUAGAUGUAGAGCUUGCUUCUAGUACUCCCUAGUGGGCAGUCCUUCUGUCAGGUAUCAAGAUAACAGGUGCAGUAAAAGAGAACCAGCAGCUAAAGCUUAACAGAGAUACUGUAAAAUUGUUAAGAGCAAAUAUAUUUUGAAUAGUUAAGGCAUACUAGAAUCUCUAUGGUGUUGUUUUUUUUACAGAAUUCCUAAACACCUCUGGGCCAUAAGCAUCUAGUUCAAUUUUUUUUACCCCCACCCCAAAAACACACAAAAACCCCCAGAAUUUGGGGAUGUUUUAACACAGAUACUCAUGUUGAGGCUGAUUCACCCACUAAAGGCAGCUAUACAAAACUGAAUUGUUUCAACUUCUAGAGUAACAGAAAUCUUUCAAAUCUGAACCUUUGCUAAGGAAAAAAAGGCGCAUUAUCUAUCUUUUUGUAUAUGCACCUCUGCUUUCCUGGAAAAAUGUGUACACUGAUUCACUAGUAUUCAUAUACUCUUCAGCUAAAUAUCUACUUCAUGUAUUUCCGUGUGCACCCUUUUAGAUCUGCCUUUUUAAAUGCUCACCUAAAUUUUGUGAGUGUGAUAACCAUGUGUUUGCAAACAUACAUCAUGCAGAUGCACUUAAAAUAUAAUUUUAUAUCCUGUGUAUACAUAAUAAUAAUUAGAAUAAUUUUAUUAUUUAUCCCCCACCCUUCUAGCUGGGUUGCCCCCAAUAGUCUCCCAUCCAAAUAAUUGAUCAGGUCCACACCUGCUUGGCUUCACCUGCAAUGCUGGAGCCUCAGGCAUCCACGGACACAUCUCCAGGCAGCCUUGAUUAACUGCACCUCAUUAUGGAGCACACAGUCUGUGACAGAUCUGAGGUUUGCCUCUGUGCAAUGUGCAUAGCCGUGACAAUGCUGGCAAAUCGAAAAUUCUUAACUGAUUACUGUCCCUUUUUCAGUUUGAAAACCAGUUAGAGAGAAAAGACAGAUGUGACCUGUAUAGAGCAGUGAGAUUUGUUUGGAAGAAGCUUCAUCUUGUUCAAGCAUGCUCUUUAAAAACAAACAAAAUAAAAAAUAUAUCAAAAAACUGUUUCGCAAGUUUGCAGCCAAAGCCAGGUGUGCAUGUGGCCAGGGACGGAGGAAGGGGUGUGUGAUGGGGCCAGGCUGCCUCAGGUGUCUUCGCUCAGGGGGGUGACAUUCGGUGUGCUGCCCACCCAUGACGCCCAAGCCGUCGGGGGAAGGGGGAAGCUGUGCCACUUUGCUGGCGGCUUUCCCCCCUUCCCCCUUUGUUUUGACAACUGGGGGGUGUGCUGAAUGUCCACCAUCCGCAGCUCCCUCCGCCCCCAGCUGCAGGGCGCAUGCCCCGCUCUGUGCACCCAAGCGGCUAUCCCGCACCUGGGAGGACACCCUCUGCGCCCCACCCACCUCGGGAGCGCGCCCACCCUGGGCAUUGCAGGCAUAUGCUCUGCCGCUGCAUGUGACAUUGAUAGGAUGGCAACUACAACAAUACACAAACAUGCGCGCGCGCACACACACACAGAGUUUUCGCUUUAAAAAACACUUUUGUCCUUUUUUCAUUAACGAAAUAAGGCAAGGUUGAUUUCUGAGCCAGCAUUGAAUUCACUGGUAUGCAGAUCUCAUUAAGCUGAGAAGCAGGGAAGAAUUCACUGGGUGGUGUGCAGCUAUGUUUUACUCAAAGUAGACCCAUUGAAACUAAUGAACCUGACUUAAAUUAGGUCCAGUAAUUUCACUGGGUGUAGUCUCCCCCCUCUCUCCCCCUGUGGUUCCAAAACAUACUCUAUAUAUUACAUCUGUUUUUCCCAAAUUUGUCACAGAACCUAUAAAAAUACUUAAUGGCAACUACAUUCCCUCACAAUGGCAAUGCCUUGCUAAACAUCUUUCUUAUGAAAACAACGCAAGUUUAUGCUCUCCUGGCUGAACGAUGGCCAGCAAGGAAGAUGCAACGUUGUAAGAGACAAGGCAUUGCUGAGUUCAAAGUCAUUCUCAUUGUGAACUUGAGAUACUAAUUCUCUUCAUUUGAGUUAAUUUAUAAUGAGAUUGCUUUUGAUGUGAAAGCUUGUCAACUUGAUUAUCUUUCUGGUGAACUUGUACUAUCUAAUUAUAAUGAAAAGAAGGUGAGGCUGAGGAGGGAAUGUAAUAAUUCUAUUUUUCAGACUCUUAAUAAUACAUCUUUCCCCACACACAUAACCUCCCCCACUGCUCCAUUAAUGCACAUGGUUCUUACUUGUGGUUCCUAGUAGUGCUUUAUUGUGAACUUUAUCUGAAUUAAUCAGCAAGGCAGCCUCCUAUUACAAAACUGAGUCUGAGGUGUUCUUUGUUUUGUUUUGCUGAACUAGGAUAACAAUUAACUUGUGCUUUGAAGCAUCAACUGGCAAGGUGUUUAGUUGGGUCCAGAAUAGCAGAAGUGUAGUGUUUUUCCAUUUGUGUCUGAAACACAGUAAUAACAUGAUUAUUGGAAUACUGUAUUUUGUACGACAAAAUAUGUAAAUACACUUUAAUAUUAAUCUCAGUCCUCCUGGAGUAAUAAGUGCUUUCAUUGUAACCUCUGCAAACUCAUUGAGAUAUUUUAAUGUAGCAUGGUUUGAGGAUUUUGUUUCUUAGAAAACUGCAGAAAUCAAGCGAAAUUAAAUUAUUGUAGAGCUUUGGUUUGUGAUGCUUUCUAUUUACAAAAUGUUUAAUAAACCACAAAAAGCAGAGACACUGAGAAUUGGCAUGGGAGCUAUUUCUGUGGUACCUGAGUUUAUUCAUAAUCAUACUCAACUGGUUUUGUUUGGAGGCAAGCCUAUCUUGCCAGUUAGCAGUAUCCUCAUGCACUAAUUCCUGUUGACAAAAAGCACAUGAUGAUUUCAGAAAUGCAAACUACUCUGAAUGUUGUUUUCAUACGUGCUCUUUGCACCAGCCUGGUGUGAAUUGUCAUUCAGCACACUAUACAUUAGGUUUAUGGUAGCUUAGCCAUAAAAAAAUGGUAGAUGAAUUUGGAAUUAUUAUUUUUUUGUCAGUAUUCUACAUUGGCAUCUGUUGCAUGCAACAUACUUCCCUUAGCAUUUCUCCAGCUUAGUGACAUUAUUUCUGCUGUUAAAACUCCAUUAUCAUUGGCAUGGAAAGCUUGAUCUGCUUAUAACAUAGCUGGAUACAGUGUCCCUUUAAAAAUAUGUUCUCAGAUAAUCCUGCAGCAUAGCUAUGUUAUUUUUCCAUAGUUAGAGAGAUUAACUACUCAGGAGUUUCAUUGUCUUUACUCCAUUCUGUUCAUUUGGAGCAGCAGGUGAGUGUUUAGCUCCAUUUGUCAUUAAACAGGGGAAAUGUGACUGCAAUAUAAAAUGUGACCUUUUUUGGUCAAAACUACUCUUUGGUUUUGCUGUAUAACAUUUGCAUUUCUCUUUGUGUUUUAGUAUGUACUGAGUGAAAGUGUGUAGAUUAGUAUAUAAAAUGCUUUUCAGUCAUGGAUUUUAAGGCACUACAUAGUAGGAUCAUUACCAUUUAUAAAAACAACAGGGUAAAAAUGUCUAUCCCUACCCAUUUUUUUUCCUGUACACACAAAUGAAUAAUGGAUGACUGUCGAAAGGACUUAAAAAUGAUAAUCCUGGUAAGAGAAAAAAACACAUUUUCAUAUUCAAAGCCUACCUGGUAUUCAUUUUUAUGACACUUUCUAAAUGAUAGAAUUAAGGAUAUGAGCUCUCUGAUGGUGGAUUGUCUGGGUAUGUAAGUCUCUCUGCUAAGUGUCUUUUUAAAAAGAAUGCUUUUGUUUUAAAAAUGUAAAGUUUUGACUGUAUUGAAUUGUUGGAUUUUCCCCCCUUAAAAAAAUAAAGUGUAUAUUCUACUAAGUACAAGAUAUAGUCACUGCAGUAUAUUGUUUGCAAACUGUCACCAGAACAUAAAGAUGUGGUGCAGAUCCUUCAGCUGUCUCUGAUGUCUGUCUGUAGGAGUUGGUGUCAAUAAUCACUUUCAGAAGUCUGGCUGUACCCUUGCUUCCUAUAUUUACAAGCUAGUUCUAGCCAUGAAUGAACACAAAAGUUUAUUUUAUUUAUAUUUAUUUCUCCUCAUGUUUUUACCUUGUGAGUGUAUCAGAAAUACAGGCAUACCUCAGAGAUAUUCCAGACCACCAUAUUAAAACAAAUAUCACAAUAAA